UGUGGCUUUUUUAGACGCACUCAAACACUUGUUUUUAACUUUACUUCUUAUUUUUGAUUUCAUCAACGAUUGAAAUAUUCAAACUACUUCUAAACAAGUCCCAAGAGCAACACACGUUCUAUUUAAUAAUGUUUACUGAUCGUACCCUCGAUUCUGUGAGUUUCGAUUCGCAAUUAUCACCCACAAAGUCGCAAUUAUCGACGACUGUUCAGACAACUGAGAUUAUUUGUGAUCAAAAUCCCGUGCAAACAAUUGAAACGAGAAGCAUCGAGACUCAAACUGUAAUCGAGGAAAAAAAGGAGCCUACCGUGGACUAUCAAAAAUUGGUUCAAUUUUUGAAUAGAGUUACACCAAGUAUAAUAGAAGCUCUAGAUGAGGCAUAUGGAACAAAUGCAUUCGAAGAUUCUGACCCAAAAACUAGUGAGGAUUCGCUUGCAAGCACCCAGCUAUUGCAAAAAAUUAACAGUACUGAAGCAGAUACACCGAUGAAAGUAAGCGAUAUGUGUUGGAGCAUCGGAGGAGGAACAUUAGCUGUUUCCCAUGGCAUUCCUUACCAUGAAACAUGGUGUGAUCAUCUGUCUAAGAUACACUUAUACAGCCAAACAAAGGACAAUGACUUCCUUAAUACUCCAAGUAAAACGUUAGAAACUAAUUCAUGUAUCACAUCCUUGGCUUACCAUCCAAAUGAACCAUCCAUUAUAGCAGCUGGCUUGUUCAAUGGUGAUGUUCUCGUUUGGAACUUGAGAGAUGAUGUAUCAGUGACACCAACAGCUGUGUGCACUCAUGGAGAUUCAGUGUCUCAAGUGUACUGGAAAGCAAGAACUGUAAAUGAUGUGUCCUUGCUAGUAAGCUCUGGCAAAGAUGGAUACAUUUUUUUUCAUAGAAUGGGGGCUAACUUUACCAUUGCUCGUUCAUACAAACGAUUCAAAGUAGCCAAAGAACACAAUCCAAUAGAGAGUUCAAGACCGCGCAGUGCGGGUGGAACUCGUGAACGCGCCGUUGAAUCUGGAUUGUGUAUCACCAGCUUUGACUUUUUAUCUAGGGAUACUGUAUUUUUCAUUGUAGGCACUUUAUGUGGUGGAAUAUACAAGUGCAGCGUAGAGCGCGUCGCUCCUAUCGAAGGAGAUGAAACUCUUAUGGAUCCUGUAGUAGACGAAUACGACAGACACGAAGGUAGCAUUACUUGCGUUAAAUGCUCUCCUACUCGUGACUUGUUCGUCACUGCUGGCACAGAUAGGGAGAUGCGUAUAUACGAUUUCGAGGAGCAUUCGUGCCUGCGCUCGAUUUCCUUUGAAAAUACUAUCGUAGGAUUUACGUGGAUGAUCGGGAAUCAGGAUGUAUUGGCAACUUAUGGGGCUGGCUCGAACAUAAAAUUGUACAAUAUCACCGAUGGUAGACCUGUAACAAAUGUGAAAUUUGAAACACCUGGUAGGGAAAACGCCAGCUGCUUACGCGUCAAUUCUAAAAAAGACUUGUUGGCCAUAGGCGACACCCACGGAAAUAUAGAAAUCUGGAAGAUUCCGCGACAAUUAUUCUAACAGUAUUUUGCUUAAAAAAUUAUCUAACGAAGUUCGUUUAUUUAACUUAAAAGUUAUAUUAUAUAUAAACGCUGUUUUUUUUUACAAUACACAUUAUAAAACAAAUGUAUAUUUAUUGGAAUAAAAUAUAUUACUUUUGUAUAAAAGUA